GCCACUUCCGAGAUAGCUGGAGAAUUGAGGGAGCGAAGAGUAUAGAGAGGAGGUAGCAUAGAGCGGCUGGGCGGAGUCUUCCCAUUGAUUUAGUGUAUCGGCCUUGGUGACUGCAAGUUGCUUGCGUUCCAAGCCUCGAUUUUACGCUCGAUUCAAGUCUGGAUUAUGGCGGGAGACGUGGAAGGAGGAGGCUGUAGAGUUAGUUGGGGAGCUCUGCUCACCUUGCUCUUAUUACCGCUGCCGUCAUUAUGUACAUUGGCCUCAGGAAAGGAACCACAUGUGAUUAAACUCUAUGAAGGUAAAGUGGUCCGGUACAAUGAGUCUAAAAAUUUCUGCUACCAGAGAACAUAUGAACCAAAAUGGAGUGACGUUUGGACUAAGAUACAGAUUCGUGUUAACAGCACUAAAAUGAUAAGAGUGACCCAAGUGGAAAAUGAAGAGAAGCUAAAGGAAAUGGAAACUUUCAACAUGUUUGACCUUUUCUCAUCUUUUCUCAAGGAAAAACUAAAUGAUACAUUCAUAUAUGUGGAUCUCUACAGCAACAAAACUUGUAUUAAAGUGCAUGUAAUAGACACUGACACUUACUACAGUGUUGCGCUUUCUCGAGGAUUUGAUCCCAGACUGUGCUUUCUGUUCUUAUGUGGCCUUUUGCUAUUCUUUUAUGGUGACGCACUGAGCAGAAGCCAACUCUUCUUCUACAGCACAGGUAUCACAAUAGGAAUGUUGGCUUCAAUGCUGAUACUUGUGUUCAUGCUCUCCAAACUGAUGCCAAAGAAAAGUCCAUUUGUUGCAUUACUGCUUGGAGGAUGGUCUGUUUCCAUUUACAUAAUCCAACUGGUCUUCAAAAAUUUACAGGCUAUCUGCAGUGAAUACUGGCAGUAUCUUUUGGGUUAUCUUGGUAUUGUUGGAUUUGUCAGUUUUGCUUUUUGUUAUAAAUAUGGGCCCUUGGAGAAUGACCGCAGCAUCAACAUUUUGACCUGGACACUACAGUUGAUUGGUCUGCUGCUAAUGUACAUCAGUGUGCAAAUACAGCACAUAGCUGUGACCAUGGUAGUCAUUGCAUUUUGUACCAAACAGAUAGAAUAUCCAGUACAAUGGAUUUACAUACUAUACAGAAAAAUAAAACGUAAGAGAGCUAAGCCAAGUCCUCCCCGCCUGCUAACAGAAGAGGAAUACCGAAAACAAGGAGAAAUUGAAACCAGAAAAGCUUUGGAGGAGUUACGAGGAUAUUGCAGUAGUCCAGAUUUUGCAACAUGGAAAAUGAUUUCUCGCAUCCAGUCACCCAAGAGAUUUGCUGAUUUUGUUGAAGGGUCAUCUCACCUGACACCCAAUGAAGUAUCUGUUCAUGAGCACGAGUACGGUUUAGGGGGUUCUUUCUUGGAAGAUGAAUUGUUUGGAGAGGACAGUGACAUUGAGGUAGAAAUGGAUAUUGAACAGCCACUUUAUCUAGUUCCAAGAUCUUGCUUUUAGGAUAUGAAGAUUUUUUUAAUUCUUCACCUGUGAAAACAAGGGAUAAAGCCAUGCUGCUAAGGCCUGUGAUCCUAAUACAGCACGUGUUCCUCAUAAAUCACUGAUCAUUUGGCUUGACAAUCCGUUAAUCUGGUUUCUAAGAGCCAUUAAUGUGAUCAGUGUUUAAAGGACACUUGAGUGGUAAAACUAUCUUUUGAAUGCCCGUCGAAAGCUACAUAAAAAGAUAAAAAUUCACAAUCGGUCACAAAAUAAAUGAGAACAUACACAAUGUAAGGUUAUCUGCCCUUUAGAUGGAAACAAUUCCCUCGCAGUUUCUGUGCCGCCCUUUACCGCUUGUAGGUGCCUCCAUCAUUGAUUUUUGUUUUUUAAACCAAAGAUAUUUCUGAUGUACAACUAUUUCAGAACUAGAUAAAGAAGGACAUCUCCAUCUCAACUCCUCACCCUAAGUGAAGUAUAUAUGCAAAAUGGGUAAAGAAGAUCUGGGUUGUGUUAAAGAACAUGGUGCUGUCCCACCAGCCACAUACAGCAGCCCUAUGCAACUCCCCUGUAUUUGCCCUCAAGAUCUGGCUGUGACCUUCCAAUCAGCAAUACCAUCCACAUGCCUGAAUCAACAUUCAUACAAAGCCACCAGAAGCAUGUGACUUUACUGUGAUUUAUCAUUAGAGAAGGAUUUCAGCUGCACAGUGUAACUGGCCUCAUGUCUCCUUACAAACUGUUUGCCAGUCGUUUGGGGUUCAGGUCCCUUUUUUCCACAUAAUUUGUUGGUUUAUUUUUUAUUUUUUUUAUAUAAAAAAAAAGGUACCUAUGUAUAAAAAAAAUCUUUAUUUUUAAGUACCAAUAAAACGAGGAACAAAUAAAAAAAACAAAAGCGCUUUUAUCUCCUGUUUUGUCAUAAUACUUUCAAUGUAAAUUAAAAUGAAUAUUUAAUCCUCUGAA